CGGAAAAGACUCUAUUAGUGAUGAACUCGUAUCACGAACGAUUCCUUUACCAAUACGUAGCUCCUUACUACUGAUAUGCUCACUGGAAGACACUUUGCUCUGCACACAUUGAUGGUCUAUCCCAGUCACAUGACUGACUGUGAUUCAUGCCUCAGGCGCCAAAAACCCCAGGAUCCCAACAGGUGACCGCCUGCAUCAUUCCUGGCGGUCUUGCGGCUCCUGAGCUUCUCUCAAUGUCAUGAGAUCGAGACUGGUCAUCAGUUGCCGCUGGCGGUCAUCUACGACUACUAGAAAUCUAUAGGCAGCAUAUCAUUUCUAUUAGCGAGACAGACAUCCUUUCUCAUUAUCAUUUCGCCUGCAAUUUACCUCAGGAUUCAGCUCUUUAUCGUUCUCCAGGAAUCACCGCCAACUUUUCUUUCAAAGCUAGAACAUCUGUCCGCUCGCUUUAUGGCCACCUUUUGAGGGAUCAACCUGGCUUAUAGGCAGUUCUUUUCACUAAUGACUUUGCCUGUGUGCGCUGAUAAUAGGAGCGUCCCCCCAGGACUUUAGACCAAGAUGAUGGCCUCCAACGUUCUCUCUCGAUUCCUCCCUCCGAAUGGACCUGCAUCCGUUUACGAAACGAUCCGGCAACAUGAUGACAACUCGGAUGGCUCUGAUGUCGAAGAGCGUGCAGGUCUGGCAUUUGAUGGCGACGUUGACGCAAGGGAUCGAUUCAGCGAUCGCGAGCUUGUGGAUGCGAUGGCCGACGCCACGAGAGAGGAGUUGUCGAGCCCUCACGAUACAUUUCUUACUAUGCAAAGCACACAGAGGGACCCGCAAGAGAUCGCAGAAAACUCUGGUCCUCGCCGCCGUAAAUCGAGCAAUCCGCGAUGGAUGCAACCUGCCGAAGAUGAUGAUAAUGACGACGAUGACGACGAUGACGACGUACCAGCUUCGCUUUUAAUGGAGGGCCAUCAGGAUGACCACGACCUCAAAGCUCGCUUGCCUCCCCCGCCCUCAAACCACUUAUCCGAUCCAGUACGACGCUCCACUCCUUCUCCCCGCCGCGAGCACGUUCGAUGGGAUCGGCCACCAAAUGACUUGCGCCGGCGAAGUCGUCCAAAGGGCUUGUGGUCUGCCGGCCAUCCCAACAUGGCCAUGAUAGACCCGAAAGAAAAAGCUAUGUGGAUGUGGGCAAAUGUCGAGAACCUUGAUAACUUCUUGAAGGACGUGUAUACAUACUUUCUCGGAAACGGGAUUUGGUCCAUUCUGCUAAACCGAGCAUUAAGUCUUCUGACCUUCGCAUUCGUCAUCGGAUUUAGUACUUUUCUCCUGAACUGCAUCAAUUAUCCUCAAGUCCGCGGGAGUAAAAAACUAGAUGAAAUCCUGCUCCAGCAGUGUACUAAGAACAUGUCCUUGUCCUCUACGUUUUUACUUUGGCUAUUUUGCCUUUUCUGGAUUUGGAAGGUUUUCCAAUGCCUGCUGGACAUCAGGCGACUCAAGAACAUGCACGAUUUCUACCAUUAUUUGCUCAAUAUUACCGAUGCAGAAAUACAGACAAUUUCCUGGCAGGAAGUCGUUAGCCGACUUAUGACCCUGCGAGACUCAAAUCCCGCCACCGCUGGUGCGAUAUCAGCAAAGCACCGCAAAUUCAUGGGCAGCCAAUCGAAACAACGAAUGGACGCUCACGAUAUCGCUAAUCGGUUAAUGCGGAAAGAGAAUUAUCUGAUUGCAUUGGUCAACAAGGACAUCUUAGAUCUCACACUUCCGGUGCCAUUCCUGAGAAACAGGCAACUGUUCUCCCGAACCCUGGAAUGGAAUAUCAACUUGUGCAUCAUGGACUAUGUUUUCAACGAGCAAGGUCAAGUACGCACGCUGUUCCUGAAAGAUACCCAUCGAAAAGCCCUAAGUGAUGGCUUGCGACGACGCUUCAUGUUUGCCGGGAUUAUGAACAUAUUUGUAGCGCCUUUUAUCGUCGUCUACUUUAUGAUGCAUUAUUUCUUCCGCUAUUUCAACGAAUACAAGAAGAACCCUGGCCAAAUCUCCUCGCGGCAGUAUACGCCACUCGCUGAAUGGCAGUUUCGCGAGUUCAAUGAGCUGUGGCAUCUCUUUGAACGGCGCAUCAAUAUGUCAUAUCCGUUUGCGACCCGCUAUGUGGAUCAAUUUCCCAAAGAUAAAACCAUCCAGGUUGCUGGCUUUGUGGCCUUUGUUUCUGGCGCGCUCACGUCUGUCUUGGCUCUGGCAUCCAUUAUCGACCCAGAAUUGUUUCUAGGCUUCGAGUUGACGCACGAUAGAACGGUCCUCUUCUACCUGGGUGUCUUUGGAUCGAUUUGGGCUUUCACCAGAGGAAUGGUUCCCGAGGAGACAGACGUAUUCGACCCGGAGUAUGCCCUUCUCGAGGUUAUCAACUUUACUCAUUACUGCCCAAGCCAUUGGAAAGGAAGACUACACAGCGAUGGUGUCCGAAAGGAAUUCGCCGUAUGCUAUCAGAUGAAGAUUGUCAUCUUCUUGGAGGAGAUUUUGAGCAUGAUAUUCACUCCCUUUAUUCUGUGGUUCAGCCUGCCCAAAUGCAGUGAACGCGUGAUUGAUUUCUUCCGAGAAUUCACUGUCCACGUCGAUGGCAUGGGUUACCUCUGCUCUUUUGCAGUCUUUGAUUUCAAGAAGGGCACAAAUGUUAUUCCGCAGGAGCACAGCAACCGCAGCACGAGACAGGACCCACGCGCCGACUACUUUUCCACAAAGGAUGGCAAAAUGCUUGCAUCUUAUUACGGGUUUCUGGAUAACUAUGGCGGAGGUCCGCGCACUAAUCAUUCAAACAAGCGCCAAUUCCAUCCCCCGCCCACUUUUCCCUCACUUGGGUCUCCAUCACUAGCUGGAAUGGGCAACAUUGGAGAACGAUACGACAUUUCACAGUCUCGCGCCAGGCCGGCCCCUGCUGUUGCUGGCCAACAAUCGAUGCUUGGUGCCGGCCGGUUUGGGCUUCCUCCCGCGGGCGAUGCUUCGUCGCCUGCUCCCUCAAUGCUCCUCGAUCCACAUCAUCAGCCAUCAUCGUCAGGGUUCCGAAAUGUGAAUCGAAUCACAACCCACCAACGCCACCGCCCUGCUCGUCCUCCGCCGCCACCAGUAUCCGAGUCGGUUGCCGAUGAUAAUGAUGAAUCGAUUCUAGCUACGCACAGGCCUACUUCAAUAUUACGGACAAGGCCACUGCAUGUGACUUCUGGAUCGAGUGGUGGUGUAGGUCCCGGCGAUAGCAACCUGGAAGACUCCUGGCGAGAUAAUCUGGCUGGCGAGACAGAAGAAGACGAGGAGGACCCAGAUGGCGAAAAUGUAGAUGCUAUUGUAAAGGGUGCCGGGGUUCUAGGGCUGAUACAGCAGUUUCAGAAAGCGAACAAGGAUAAUCGGCCUCGUGCAGCCGUAGGUCUGUAAAUGAUACGUUUGGAUAUGGAAGCACCAAGAAUCAAGACAAAUAUAUCUAUUCACGGUCAAUUUGCUGUACUCCAAAGAUGUUGGUGAGAGGGUGAUACAAGAUCCAGAAAGCAGAGGCUUGUAGUAUAUCCUCCUUAUAUACGGUAUAUGCGAUUAUGAGCCCAAUAUGAAUUUCUAGAAAGUUGCUGAAAGCAAGACGAAGCACUACUGAGGACACGGCGGUUCUGUACUCCGUAACUGUGUCUCCACGUACUCCAUCCAUGAUGGCUCCAAGGCACCUGCG